AUGGGUUCAAGAGCUGGUAGUUAUGCACUACUGCCUGUGUACUUGUACUUACUGCAAUAUGCAAACCCGGGAAGUAUUUGUGUGUUGGAGCAUGAGGUGGAUACGACCGCUCAACUGCGUUUUAAGUACACCUUCGUCGCUUAUGGUGCAUCAAUUGCUGGCUAUCCUUACAUGCGGAAAGUUAUUGUAGUUGAUGGCACCAGUCUGAAAGGCCGUUUCGGUGGAUGCUUGAUUUCGGCAUGUGCUCAGGAUGACAACUUUCAAAUCUUCCCUCUCGCAUUUGUUGUGGUAGAUAGCGAGAAUCACAGUUCUUGGGAAUGGUUUCUGGCGCAAUUAAAGACAUUUGUACCUGAUUCACAUGAACUCGUCUUCAUAUCUGAUCGCCACCAUAGCGUUUACCCAGCAUUAGAAAAGGUUUACCCAUUAUCACAUCAUGGGGCUUGCACCGUCCACCUUUGGCGUAACGUGAAGGAUAAAUAUAAAUCCAAACGUCUGGCAAACCUAAUGUCCGCGCCUGCGAGAAGCUUCACUGUCUCCGACUUCAACCGAAUAUUCUUACAGAUACAAAGACUUAAUCCAGGCUGCGCAGCUUACUUGUUGGACAUUGUUUCAGAGUUUAGUCAUUGGACUCGCGUUCAUUUCCCUGGUAAACGCUAUAAUAUCAUGGACUCGAACAUAGCGGAGUCCUGGAAUGCAGUGUUGAAGGAGGCGCAAGAGUUUCCACUCAUUUGCAUGAUGGAGUACAUUCGUACGUCUGUCAUGACGUGGUUUGCAAUUCGAAGGGCGAAAUCUCUUUUGCAUAAAGGCACCCUUGACACCACACGUCCGGAAGAUAAUUGA